AUGUGCAAUGGGGACGAUGACAUCGUCGCCGGCACUGCACGCCGUCCGACGUUCCUGUCCAAAGUUGCGCACAAGGUGGUGGUCAAGGUGAACGAGGUGGGAACCGAGGCGGCCCUGGUCACCGUGGCCAUCCGUGGUGUCGGCGGGCCACCGCCUGGCAUCGUCGAGUUCACCGCCGACCAUCCCUUCACCUUCUUCAUCAUGGAGGAGCGGUCCGGGGUGAUCGUGUUCGCGGGGCAUGUCCUUGAUCCGACCAAGUGA